CCGCUUCUACCGCCUAAAGGCUUUAGGAGUUUGACUCGGUAAGCGAUUGGAGGGGCAGCAUGCCUGUUGCAGAAGAAGCAUUUCGUAUCAUUCGGAAAAAGCGUUUUUAAAUCCUGUCAAGCAGCUCGUGACAAGACCCCAGUUCUUUAAUAUCGAAUUAAUGUAACUCAUUUUAUCGUGACGUUUUCCCUGUUAUGGCAAUUUUUGUAUUGUUUGUUGAACAUAUAUUGUUCUCCUCGUCUCACCAGAGUGAGCUUUAAUGCUUUCUAUAAGGAAUGAGGAAUUAGUAAUAGUUCGUCAGCAAAUCGAGUUCAUAAGCUUUAGUUGUCACUGCCUUAGUUGCCCUUUUUCCCCUACAACUCUCUACAAAAGGAUUUUAUAUCGCACAAUGAAAACAAUGGAUGGUAAUAUUUCAUCAAUGACAAGACACUGCUUCUUCUUGGUUUACGAUUCUAAGCGUAUUCUGCUGGCUCGAGAUGCGUACAUUGCGGCGGCGGUUAUCAACUGCAUCACACUGCUUCCCGCCAUUAUCUUGAACGUGCUACUGAUGAUGGCCAUGUACCGCUCGCCUGCUUUUCGGAAGCCGUCGACCCUUCUUCUGUACAGCCUAUCGUCUUCAGAUUUACUAAUUGGACUAAUCGUACAACCGGCGUAUAUCGCCAAGAAAGUGGGAGAACUCACAGACAACUUCAACCUUUAUUGUCAAAAUGCUUUUUUAAUAUACAACUUCGGGAAGGUCCUUACGGGUGUUUCUUUUCUAACUCUAACUCUUAUCUCUGUUGAUCGAUAUCUACUCGUAACUUCGGGUAUCGACUACCCGACGAAAGUUACGAAUUAUCGGGUUGGUUUUGUGAUUGCUUUGUCCUGGCUGUUUAUGAUUGCUAUAAUAAUAACUCAGCACUUCAUUCCUAAUCGUGCAACAGUAUUUAUAUUGAUCGCACUUUUGAUUGGCUCGUGCGUUGCUAUAACGACAAUUUGUUACGUCAUGGCCUUGCAUAAGAUAAGACGACAGAAGAAUGCGAUCAGGUUGGCCAGUGGUCCUAGAUCUCAGCUGCAAGCGAACACUGCGCGAUACAAAAAGUUUAUUAUUACCAUGAUAUGGGUGUUUGUGGUCUUCUUACUUUGUUAUACUCCUUAUAUGGUAGCGACAACUUUGGCUGCUGUAAUUGGCGAGACUGCGAGUAUCUGGUCAGCGGAGUCUCUGUGUGGAGUGAUUGCCUACUCCCAUUCGUGUUUAAAUCCCGCCAUCUUGUUCUGGAGAAUGGCCGAGAUACGAAAUGCUGGGAAAAACAUUCUAAUGCCAAAGUCAAAGAUCAAACUUAAAGAUCAAAGUCAAAUUUCAAUCCCGGACAAAACUGUUGAGACAAUUCCCAAAUUUGGAUGAAAAAAGAUGUUCAUAAUUCAGUUCCUAUCCUCUCCUCCCCCCUCAAAACAAUGUUGAAUUCAUGCUCACUCUUCUAGCAUCAAGUCAUACACGAUAUUGCUUUGUGGGGGGGAGGGGGAGAGGUAUAAACGUCUUAAGUUAACAAAUUGACCCCUCAACCGGCCCGUACCGGCUUUGAGAAGUACCCACAACCCAAAAAAUUCAUAAAUGCAAAAUAAACACAACAAGAUGAAGAUACCCAGGCAUCAGUCUAAGGGAUAAAUGGUCUUG